UUCUGGGGUUUUGCUUCUGCUUCAGCAAUUUUGGGUCCAAAAACAAAAUCGCCAAGAAAUUGCUGUCAUUGGUAAAACCCCAGCCCCCAAAAGCCAUGGAAAACCCGGAAAAGGUAGCUCAUAAGAAGCAAAAGAACAAGUACAAGAGAAAACAUCAACAAGCUGAGGAAGAAGCUGAAGCAGAGGCGGUGAUUAUUGCCACAGAGUCAAAAAAAGACAAGAAAAAGAAGAAGAAACUGAAGCAAGAUGAGAUUUUGAAUAAUGGGUUGUCCCCAGAAUUUGAUGAAAAGGCUGAAAUCUUUGAUGGGUCAGCUGUGGAAUCCAAGAAAAAGAAGAAGAAACAGAGACAAGAAGACUUUUUGAAUAAUGGGUUGUCGUCAAAUUUUGUUGAAAAGGCUGAAAUAGCUAAUGGGUCAAUUAAGGAAUCCGAGAAAAAGAAGAGAAAGAGGAAGAAAAAUGAAGAAGGAGAAGAGGGUGUGAAAGGCAGCUUGAGUAAUGGGCUUGUGGAGAAAAGUAAAGAGAGCAAGAAGAUUGGCGAGGAUGAGGGAAAUGUGGAGGUGAGUGAUAGUAAUGAUGGUGUGAUUGUAUCUGGAAAAAAAGUCAAUGAUAGCAAGUACAAGGCUUUGAAAUCAUUUGGGGAUUCAGGGCUUCCUGAUAAUGUGCUGGAAUCCUGCAGAAAGUUCGAUAAGCCGUCUCCAAUUCAGUCUCAUUCUUGGCCUUUUCUGUUGGAUGGUCGCGAUUUUAUUGGCAUUGCAGCAACUGGAUCCGGUAAGACGUUGGCAUUUGGAAUUCCAGCUAUUAUGCAUGUAUUAAGCGAGCGAAAAAGUAAGACAUCGAAGAAGGUUAAUCCACUUUGCCUUGUACUUUCGCCUACAAGAGAGUUAGCUCAACAGAUUGCAGAUGUACUUUCUGAUGCUGGACAGCCUAGUGGAGUGAAGUCUGUUUGUCUAUAUGGAGGAACUUCAAAAGCACCUCAGAUAUCUUCUCUAAAGUCGGGCACGGAUAUUGUUAUUGGAACACCAGGUCGUUUGAAGGACCUAAUCGAAAUGGGAGUGUGCCAGCUCAAUGAGGUUUCUUUUGUGGUGUUAGAUGAAGCUGAUCGGAUGCUUGACUUGGGUUUCGAACCAGAAGUUCGUGCUAUAUUGAGCCAGACAUGCUCUGCUCGUCAAAUGCUAAUGUUUAGUGCAACAUGGCCUCUGCCAGUUCACAAGUUAGCUCAAGAAUUCAUGGAUCCAAAUCCUGUUAAGGUAGUUGUUGGGUCUGAAGAUUUGGCUGCCAACCAUGAUGUCAUGCAAAUUGUAGAGGUCUUGGAUGAUAGAGCACGUGAUGAACGUUUGACAAAUUUGUUGGAGAAAUACCAUAAAUCUAGAAGGAACAGAGUGCUAGUUUUUGUUCUGUACAAGAAAGAAGCAUCUCGAGUUGAGAAUAUGCUACAGAGAAGGGGAUGGAAAGUUGUUUCUAUAAGUGGUGAUAAAGCACAAAAUGCCCGUAAUCAGGCCCUCUCCCUGUUUAAGGAGGGAAGCUCUCCUCUAAUGAUAGCCACCGAUGUGGCUGCUCGAGGAUUAGACAUUCCUGACGUUGAGGUUGUAAUCAACUACAGUUUUCCGCUAACAACAGAGGAUUAUGUACACAGAAUUGGAAGGACUGGACGAGCUGGUAAGAAGGGUGUGGCUCACACAUUCUUCACAAAAGAGAAUAAGGGACUUGCAGGGGAGUUGAUAAACGUCCUCAGAGAAGCUGGGCAGGUUGUUCCUGCUGCCCUCUUGAACUUUGGGACGCAUGUCAAAAAGAAGGAAUCCAAGCUGUAUGGUGCACAUUUUAGAGAAAUUGAUGCAAAUGCUCCGAAAGCUACGAAGGUAAAAUUUGGCGACUCUGAUGAUGAGAGUUGAAGAUGAAACGAGAUGAUGUCUGCCUGCAGUGGACAGUAGUGAUUGUUGGCAUCUUCAGGCUUCAGCUGGUAUGCAGAGGCAAAUACAAAUCACAGGCAGAGUAGCAAGCAAAAGUAUCUCAAUUUUGACUAUUCAUAUAGGACACACUUUAUUAUUAUUUUUUAACUCAUUGUAAGUGUUAACAAUUUCUUAUUAAUAUAUAAAUGUUGGACUAGCCACAUCGGGGUAGGAAUUUUUUGUCUUUGGGGAAAAGAAACUGAACAGCUGCUUUCUAGAAUCAGGUGGGAAAGAGUGUUUUUUUUUUUU